UGCUCGGAUACGGACCAAAUCGCAUCCCACAGUGCAGUGGGGCUCAGAUGCAGCAGAUAACGCGCGCGCUGCUGCUUCGCCCACCACCCCAGUAGCUCUCUAUCCUAGUGGCAGACAUUGCGGAUGAGCUGUUUGGCCACCCCCGCCCCCAUUGCAGCAGGACACACAGGAGCACGUGUGUGUAGGUUUUCACUUUUGUUUAGUGCCGCUUUUGUGCUCCGAAUUGAUUCAUAAAACACGCCGAGGAACAAAGUGUCUCCGGGGAACAAUUAUCCUCGUGAAGCGUUCCUUUCUUGGCAGCAAUAGUGUCCGUGUUUGUGCGUGUGUGUAUGUGUGGAUCCGGGUGCAGUUUUGCCGCCGCCGCCGUCUCCUGUUGCGUGAGGUCAAAGGCUUGGCGAGUGGCCUAUAUUCGGGCGGACGUUGGCUUUUGCAGAGUCACCAGCUUUUGCUGCACCCAGUGAAAGCCGUUUUUCCGCUUUGGCUGCUCGGAUAGGAUUAUAACGCUAACCUCGUUUCGGAUGGAUCGUUUGUGUGUUUGCUCAGGCUCAUUGAUUUAGUGCUACGCAUAGCGGGAGGAGGUCUACAAUGUGGGUAACAUGAAUUAUUCAAUGUUGCCAAACAAAGAGCAACGCUGGGAGAUGACUCUCCCCCUGAUGCGCUUGGUGCGUGUUGCAUGGAGCCCACUGGGUGGUUCGUGAUGAUUUGAAUUAUGGCUGCAAAAAAUGCACCGUGUGACAUGGUGACGAGUAACUGGAUCUUGUUCGUCGCUUCGGGGACAUAUUAGUGCAUGUUAAGUGUGACACAAUGCAUUGUAUUUCGGUGGAAAUGGUGUGGAAUAUUCAUGAACCCAACAACGGAAUAAAAAAAAAUACUAGAUUUGAUUGAAACAAUGUGUGACGAAUGAUAAAAAAGGGAAAAUAUUUGUGCGAUGAAUUCGAGGAACCGAAACAUUGGUCGAAUCAAUGAAUACUUAAACAACCAACACGGUAAACCCUUUUUCUCCAUCAAACUAUAAAUUCAUAUCUUUGGUAAACGUAUCGUAAUUCAGAACCACUACCCUCUGUGAAUAAGGAUAACGGUGACCUAUUGUUCACACUGGUGGAUAGCGUGACGUGUCCGUCUGGAAUCUUCGGCCAGAAACCGACCCGUGUCAUAUCCGGUGCAGUGCCCCCUCGCUGGACCUGCUUUUCUUAUCUGCUGCAAAUGGUGAUGCUUUGUGUGUAUGUUUGCAGUAAAAUACGUGCAAACUAGUGAAAUCCUAGAGAAUGGAAUUGCAUUUCUCUCGAGCACCCAUUGAUGGGGGCGAACCGGUGUAAGUGGGAACGGUUUUAGUCGUAAUCAAAGUUGAUUGGACACACGGUGGAACGACGACGACGACGACAACGGAAUGGUGCACCAUUCUUUUUGACGCAACAAAACAACACGACACACCGGAAAGCUGAAUGAGCCACACGGUUCACACAUCGAGCGACAGCCGGAAAAGCAACAGCAGGGGACAAGCGAUGACCAUCAUGGAUGGUGGCGUAGGCAGAUUGGAUGGUAGCGCAAACCGACAGCAGCAGAGUCAACAGAAACCACUGAGCCAAAAACAGCAGUCGCACCAGCAGCAGAAGCAUCACGUCCAAACAAGUCUGUUUGGGUCAACUGCUCCGACUAUAUCCGGCGGAGCCGCAGCCGGUCAAUUUCCGGCCUCUUUCCCGGACAGCUUCAAGGAUUUUUUCGCCAUGCUCAACGAAGAGGAUGACCACGUGGAUGUGUUCUCCAACAUACUGGAGGACAAGGACAUCCCACGCAGCACAAAGAGUCGUUACAGCAGGAAUUCCAACGCUGGCAGCAGCACGGGCACGGUCUAUGCCGCCGAAGGCGGCCCACUCUCGGCCCCUUCCUACAACGGCAAUCGUUCCUUCAGGCUGAAUGUUAGCAACGCUGCCAGCAACUACAACUUUGGCCGCUCCAGCUCUUUCCGGUUGAACCGGAAUAAACCGUCCUACGCGGAUAACCAUUCCUCCAACGUCGCUGGUGGAGGACAGUUGCAUCACGGUAGCCAGCAGCAACUGCUGAUCAACAAUAUUCGCAACCAGCUAGGGGGAUCGGGACUCAUCCCGAGCUCCUCCGGUGACAUCGGGAGUUGUUUGUUCGGUGAAGAGGGUGAUAAAACGAUGCAGAACUUGACACUGAUUAGGGACGCCAUCGUGGACCGAUCGCCUUCGUCCUCGGCGCUGACCGGAUUCGGUCAGGGAGGACUAACGGUCACCGGAUUACCCACAAUAAAUCGAUCGAAAUCGAACUCGAAAAUCGACGAUCGGUCACCCACUUCGUUUGAGAUGAAAAACUUCGAAUACGGCGGUGGAAUGACGAACGGAAGCGGAGGACGGAACUUCGGCAAGAUUGGCGAUACCACUAACGAAGUCAAUGAAGACACGCUGAAUUCGAGUGUUGGUGGCAGCAGCAGCAGCCAUAACAACAAGAGCCUCUCAUCGAAGAUGACAAAAACAACCACCUCCUACUGCUUCAUGAGGCAUCAUCAACAGCAACAGCAGCAGCAGCAAUCACAGCAACCUUCGACCAAACCGCCACAUCACAGCAGAAACAACUCGCUCCGAGUGCACCGAUCGAACCCGGCCGCGUCAAUCUCACCCUCGGCCACGAUCAUCUCGGUCUUCAAUCACACCGCUCCCGACGGGACUCCCAGUGCUUCCUUCCCUGUGCCGACCGGGGCGACUGUUGUCAACUGUCCCACCGGUAAUUGCCAGCUCGGAAGUUGCUGCUGUUAUUCAUCCUCCAAGGACUUCCUCAAGCACCAGAAGUCACCCGUGUUCAACCGGCGGCGGUCGUCCUCGAUCAGCGUCGCUCGGCCCACGCCGGAUUUGUACCGGUUUCUGAAGGCGGAAAUACCCCCGCCGCAGUCAACGGCGGCCUCCACCCCGGGAGCGAGAUUUGAACCGCGCGAUAUGUUUGCCCCACUUACAGCCAGCUCAAAGGGCAGUACCCUGGCUUCGUCGACAUCAACAAUGUCGACACUGGUGGAGAGCGUCAGCGGCGGCACUGCAACGGGAACCAGCAGCGGCACCGCAGGAGCCGACCCGAGCGACACCUCAGGAGUGUCAGAUUCUCACAACAAUAACAAUAGAGGCACCAAACUGCAGCAGCAAACUUUCAACCUGAGCGCCACCCGGGACGGUGGUGGCGGUUCUAAUCUACCCUCGUCUCCGUCGGCCACCUUCCGGCUGAUGAAACACUGCAGCGAUGGGUCAGCCAACGUUACCGUGGCACCCCCACAAAACAAAGCCGGGCGCUAUCAGAACGAAGAGAAUGACGGCAACUUUCACAAUCAACAACAGCAGCAGCAACACUCGUCGUCGGGACACCCGGCGGCGCAUCGCACCGUUAGUAUCAGCUCCACGGCCAUCGUUUGCGGUGGAAGGGAUGGAAGCCGGACGCCGGUACCACCUGGCGGUGCGCCACCGAUGACUGACUCCAGACAGCGCAUGAGGACUUCCAGCAUGCCAGCGGAGAACAGAAAGCCCCGCCUGGCGGACACCAGACGAUCGGCCAUCCAUUGUGCCGAUAUGGAUAUCGAGUACUACCGGUUGAGGAGCUUCAGCAUCACUUCGCACGGGAUUUGCAACCUGGGCGACUCGAUGAGAAGCCGUCGCUCGCGGUCGAUCAACUCGGUUACCUCGGGUGGAUCCGGUGGCGGGAAGGAUCGGAAGGAAAGCGGCGGUUCACAGAGCCAGGAAACAAAUAUGGUGUCCGCCGAUGGCAAGGCAGACGACCAGGAGACGAAAGAUAGGUCGAACGCCUACAAAGUUGCCAUGCUGGGGGCGUCGGGUGUUGGGAAAACAGCGCUCACCUAUCAGUUCACAACCUCGGAGUACAUCUGCGCGUACGAUCUGAGCUUGGAUGACGACUACGGCCAGAAAACGGUUUCCGUGCUACUCGACGGGCAGGAAACGGAUUUGGAGAUCAUCGAUCAUCCGGCCUGCGAAAUGUCGGAAGAGGCAUUCUGCUCAACGUACCACAUCGACAUCUUCGUCGUGGUCUACUCGGUGGUGGAUCGCGGAUCGUUCAAAAAGGCCGAAAAGGUGCUGCACUUCCUGAAGGACGGUGAGAUGCUGCUCACGCGCGGGGUCAUUCUGGUCGGCAACAAAACCGACCUGGAACGGCAGCGGGAGGUUCCCACCCAAGCGGCCCGACGGCUCGCCAAGGAAAUCGGUGCCAAAUUCAUUGAAACCUCCAGCGGGAUGGACUUCAACGUGGACGAACUGUUGGUUGGGAUUGUCGCCCAGGUGAAGCUUAAUCCCCAGCGAAUCAACCGGCUGUCGGACAAGCAGCGGAACAGUAUCGCGGGAUCGAUCAUCCCUCAGCCUCCAACCCAGAAGGAAAGCCCGAUCAACAAGGGCCGGAAAACGGCCAUGUCAAUGCGGGAACUAACGGCACGGGAUGCGGCGAGCCGAAUGCGGCGGAUAGUGCGCCGAAGUAGCAUCGGGAAGUUUGGAUCCGAGGAUGACGACGACACGUGUGAACUGGGUGGGGACAAACGUCUGCACAGAAGAACCCAGGGGGGUUUCCAUCGGAGCGACGAAGAUGGCGAAAGUGACGACGAACGGUCGACGGAUAACGAAACGAAUGCCCUGCGGAGGAAACGUUUCGAGCUACCGAGCGGCUCGGCGGCUGCCAUCGCACGUUUCGAGCAAAUGCAGCAAGAUGUGGAGGAAGGCCACGAGCAGCAGAAAAACUACACCACGAAACGAUUCAACCUCACCGAUAGCAAGUCCGGGUUGGAGCAGCCAGCGCCGAAUCGAUUUGCCAACCGCACAAAGCUGCUGCUAACUUCAUUCCUGAAGUUCAAACGGAACCUGCGCGUCAAAAGGCGCAGCUCCGGCAGCUGUAGCGAUCUGUUUGUGAUUUAAGUGUUUGUGCGUAUGUGUUUGAAUGUGUGUGUGUGUGUGUGUGUGUGUCUUAUCAAUAUCAAUUUUAUUGUAUGUAUGGACGCAAAUGUCCAUCGUCAUCAAAAUGGGAUCAAAGCAAGCAGUUUUUCAGCAAAUGCUAAGGUGAGCCAUAGCAGGCUAUGGAUUGUGUAGUGAAGCACAAGUGUCAAGUGACGAAGCAGCAGAAGAAAUGUACAUUUUCGUGUAGAUAGACCGGUUUUCCAAGUAGAUAUCGAGUGUUUUCGCUUCACGUUUUGUUCACAUCGCUGCAAACUGUCUUUUUAUCGGUCAGUGUUGAAUCCUUACAAGCGUUAGAGUGUAGUGAAUGAUUCCAACUAUUUAGGGACUUAUUCCGAACAAUCUGACACCAUCCAAGAAAACUAUAUAAAUCAAAACUUUCCAUCAAAAAACGAUAUAUAUCGACCAAAGGAUUAAGAUAGAAUUUGUUCAACGGUAUUGAAAGAAUUUAAUGUAAGAAAGAUACAUAAAUAAUGUGAAAUAUGAA